GCGUCGAGGGCGGGGCGGCGGCACUGUGUGUCGCGGGAGCUGCCAGGGCCUGCGGGGGGACCUCCGGUGCCAUGAUCCGGAACGGGCACGGGGCCGCCGGCGCCGCUGGGCUGAGGGCUCCGGGGGCACAGCACACCGUGCGGGUGUGGUGCGACGGCUGCUAUGACAUGGUACAUUAUGGUCACUCCAACCAGCUACGCCAGGCGCGGGCCAUGGGGGACUACCUCAUCGUGGGCGUACACACUGACGAGGAGAUUGCGAAGCACAAGGGGCCCCCGGUGUUCACCCAGGAGGAGAGGUACAAGAUGGUGCAGGCCAUCAAGUGGGUGGACGAGGUGGUGCCCGCCGCCCCCUACGUCACCACACUGGAGACACUGGACAAGCACAACUGUGACUUCUGUGUUCACGGCAAUGACAUCACGCUGACAGUAGAUGGCCGAGACACCUAUGAAGAGGUGAAGCAAGCUGGGAGGUACAGAGAGUGCAAACGCACCCAGGGCGUGUCCACCACAGACCUCGUGGGUCGCAUGCUGCUGGUGACCAAGGCCCACCAUAGUAGCCAGGAGAUGUCCUCUGAGUACCGGGAAUAUGCUGACAGCUUUGGCAAGCCCCCUCACCCGACACCUGCCGGGGACACACUUUCCUCAGAAGUCUCCUCCCAGUGCCCUGGUGGGCAGAGCCCCUGGACAGGGGUGUCCCAGUUUCUACAGACAUCCCAGAAGAUCAUCCAGUUUGCUUCUGGGAAGGAGCCCCAGCCCGGGGAGACGGUCAUCUAUGUGGCUGGCGCCUUUGACCUGUUCCACAUCGGGCACGUGGACUUCCUGCAAGAGGUGCACAAGCUAGCCAAGAGGCCCUACGUCAUCGCCGGCCUACACUUUGACCAGGAAGUAAACCGGUACAAGGGCAAGAACUACCCCAUCAUGAACCUGCACGAGCGGACUCUCAGCGUGCUGGCCUGCCGGUAUGUUUCAGAAGUGGUAAUUGGGGCGCCAUACUCCGUCACAGCAGAGCUCCUGAAUCACUUCAAGGUGGACCUGGUGUGUCAUGGGAAGACAGAAAUUGUACCCGACAGGGAUGGGUCUGACCCCUACCAGGAGCCCAAGAGAAGAGGCAUCUUCUGUCAGAUUGACAGUGGCAGUGACCUCACUACAGACCUGAUUGUGCAAAGGAUCAUCAAGAACAGGUUGGAGUAUGAAGCACGGAAUCAGAAGAAGGAAGCCAAGGAAUUGGCCUUUCUGGAGGCCAUGAAGCAGCAGGAGGCCUGGCCUGGAGGGGAGACUGCCUAGCUUCUGACACAGACGGACGUCAUCCACGCACGCCCAUGCCCUGCACCCACCUCCUCCCUUCCUGCCCUGCCCUGCUUCUGUGUCUUGGUGUCAGCUCACACAAUUGCAAAGGAAACUGGCCUUGCUGAGGGUGCUGGUCCUCCCUGCCUGUGAGGCGCCGCCUUGCCACAGGCUCAGUUCUUUCCACUGAGCUGCUCAGAGAGGGUAGCUAGCCCAGUGAGGCAGCCCGUGGACAGGAUAAGCAGACACGCCUAUGACUGGAGGGGUGUGGCUGUGUACCCUUGGCAUCCAUGGGUUCCAACUGCCACUGGCCCAGACUUGGCUGGGGAGACCCCCCCUGCCUGACUGGAAGCUGCACGUCUGCCCACCGAGCCUGGGUGAAAGGUCCAGAGGCUUUGGGGACCUCUGUUCCUGGGCCCCCCUGCCCGGGGGCACUCUCUGCCUUGGGGCACGUUCUAGCACCCCAUUCCUGACUCCUAGAAGAUGCACUUGCCCUGACGGCUGGGCCAACAUGGCUGUCCUCUGCACAGACUUCCUGGUCCUCAUCUUGUACCUCAAUGGCUCAACUGAAUAAAGCCUUGUGGGAAGUG